GUACUGGGCACGUUCAUCACGGAGUGGGGGGAGGGCGCUGAAGUGUGCCGGCAGCUGCUCGCCUCGCGCGCCACUGCCGCCCGCGCUGCCCACCAGCUCGCCCUCGCUCACUGCCACGGCUUCCAUGGCUGGCUUGUGAACAUAGAGAACGCGGUGGAGAAGGAGAGGGUGCCCACGAUGCUGCACUUUCUGAGCGCCCUCACCCGCCACAUGUAUGACAGUGUGACGGAGGAGGGCGAGCUGAGGUGGCAGGACGCGCUCACCCCCGCCAACCACUGCUUCUUCCACGCCUGUGACGGCAUCUUUACUAACUACUCCUGGAAGGACCCCGCUAAGGUGCUGUCGUCCGUGGCCCUUGCGGGCAGCCGUGCGCCCGAUGUGUUCAUGGGCGUCGACUGCUUUCUGGCACCGGGCCGUGCCGCCAGGGGCUUUGACACGGGGCAGGCGGUGGGCGUGGCGCUGCAGGGAGGGGCGUCUGCGGCCGUGUUUGCACCCGCGUGGGUGUAUGAGACUCGCCAGGAGGCGAGCUUUGACGCGGCGCAGCUAUGGCACGGCAUUCGCACAGCCCUCCACUCGCACCGCUCCCUGCACCCGCACCAACCCUUGCCACCACCCCUCCCACUCCUCUCCUCGCAAGCACAGCAGGGCGGGCAGGGGGAUGGGGCAGGGGGGAUGCAAGGGACAGAGGGGGUGCAAGAGGGAGACAGGGAGGCAGGUGGAGGGAUGAAUGGGGCAGGGGAGAGUGGGGACCGGGGAGCUGUGGCAGGCAUUGGUGUGUGUGCAGGGGGCGUAGCAAGCGAGCGCAGUGUGGAGUGUGUGGGGGAGUGCGAGAGUGGCUUCCCCCUCUCUCUGCCUCUCUUCACUGCCUUCGACCAGGGCGUCGGCACCAACAUGUGGCUGGCUGGCCGCCAUGUGGCGAGCUCCCAUUGGAGUAACUUCUCCUGCCAGACGUUACGGCCAGUGCACAUGCACACGUCACGGCCACUGCUCUCCACCGAGCCUGCCCAUCCCUCCCGCUCCAUCCACUGUUCCCUCUGGCACGGCACAGCAUGGGAAGGCUCUGCUGCCCUCCUCCUCUCCCUCUCCCCUUCUCCGCCCCCCAGGGUAGUUCCUGAUUCUCUGGCCAACCAGGCCCCGCCAGAUGUGCAGCCAGGGCCAGCCACGUCGGCAUGCGUGGUGGAUGUGUUUCGGCCGCACGUGCAUGUGCAACCAGGCACCACUCUGCAUGUGUCGUACUCUGUGGUAUCGCCCCCUGCCUUCAUCGCCUGUCUAGCCCUCUCCUUCACCCGCGUGCCAACUCACCAACCUAAUCACCACCGUCCCACCGACCCCACACCUCCCGCUCUCACCGCCCCAGACUCUCCCCCUCCCUCCACCAUACUGCUCCUUCCACCGCCACCACACCCACCUUCCCUCCCUCACCCUUUCGCCCCGCCAUCCCUCUCCUCCCUUUCCGCCUCCCCCUCCGCCUCCCUCAUCUCGUGCCUCUUUCCCACAGCCAUCCGCCCUUCCCCCUCGCACCUCACCCCCCCCACCACCACUGCUAGCGAGACUCCACAUCCUCUGUGCGCUUCCCACUCUGGGGAACGCGGGAGGGAAGAGGUGGAGAAAGGAGGCACACAAGGAAGAGCAGGGGAGAGUGCGGAGGAGCGUGGGGCAGGGAGGGAGCAGGGGGGAUCAGGAGGGGCGGUAUGGGAGGUGCGCGAAUUCGAAGUGCCGUGUAUAGCCAAUCACGUGCUGACAGGUGUACACGUGCUGCUGGUGGGUGUGGGUGAUGUGGGUGAUGUACCUGCUGGUGAUGCAGCAGCAGGCAGAGGGGGUGACAGGGAGCAUGCACCAUGUGACACCGUGGAUAAGGAGGUGAUGUCUGGGGGACACAAGGGCGCUUCUGAUUGGCUCGUGGAUGUGUGCAGGGCGGCAUGGAUUGUAGGGUCCUCCUCGCUUGCAUCUUCACCUGUGGCUGUGGGGGGUGGGGGUGGGAAUGGGGAUGGGGAUGGGGAUGGGGAUGGGGAACGGGGUGGGGGUGGGGAUGGGGUUGGCGUGUGCGAUAGUGAUGAUCCAGCUGCCACUGAUACUGGCGAGCCCACAUCAGCAGCACCUGUUGCCUCAGCAGCACGGGAAGCAGCAGGUCCAGCCGCGCCCACCCCAGAGGGCUCAGAGAACAGAGAGGGCGGAGAGGCGCCAGCCCCAGCAGCGAAAGCCCCUGCACAUGCUGCCCUGCCGUGCCCCCGCCCUGCUGUGCUGCCAGCAGCUGCAGCAGCAGCGGUGGGGCAUGUGCGCGUGGCAGCAGAGGCUGAAGCUGCGUGUGUGGCUCGAUGGAAGGUGGGAGAGGUGCACGCUGAGCAGGUGUGGUGGAUUCGGGGGGAGGUGAGGCAACACGAUGGAGUGGAGAGGACAGGAGGAGAGGAGAAGGCGGGGAGAAAGGAGGGAGGGGGGAGAGAGGAGGAGGCGGGGAGUGGCGGGGCAGAAGGCAAGGCAGAGGUGGGCUUACAAGGGGAGGUUGAGGAGGAUGGUGAGUGCGGGGAAGGGAAUGAGGCGGAGGGGAAUGAAGGAGGGAGCAAGGGGGCGUUCUUGAGCAUGGUGCUGCACUGGACUCCCGAUGGUGGUGCCAUGGACUGUGAAAGUGCAGGCGAUGCCAUGCUGCAGCAGCAGCAACAGCAGCAGCAGCAGGAAGGUACCUGGAAGCUGUGCAGUGACCAUGGACCCUGGCUGGGAGCGGCUCAUGUGCCGUCCUUUGUUGUGGACUCACUGCCCCUGCCACCUGCAGCUGUUACAGCUGACGGGGGAGAAGGGCCGGGUGAGGGGGAAGAUGGAGCAGCAGCGAAGGAUGAGGGGAGUGGGGUGUCAGUGCCAGUGGUGCCGGUGGUGCUGGUGGUGGUGCGCCCGCGCUGCCUGCUGUGUGGUGCUGCCCCGGCUGUGGAGGACUGCCCCUGGCUGCUGCUCCACAGGCCAUGA